AUGGAUAAAGACAUCCAGCAUCCCAGGGGGAUCCUGUCUAAUCAAACCAUCUCUAACAUUAGCUAUUCCCAAUUUUUGAACUUUGAUACAUGCCAGCUUUCUCUCCUUGCAGAAUGCUUGCUCAUUACAGCCUACACUUUAGUUACAAUAGUGGGGCUUUUUGGAAAUCUUUGCUUGAUGAUUAUCAUAAAGAGACGGAAAGAAACUCAAAACGUGACCAACAUUUUGAUUGCCAACCUCUCUUUAUCAGACGUCUUGAUCUGUAUCCUGUGUAUCCCUGUCACAGUGGCAUAUACCUUAAUGGACUACUGGGUAUUUGGGGAAGCCAUGUGCAGAAUCAGUUCUUUCAUACAAAGUGUAUCUGUCACAGUCUCCAUUUUCUCACUGGUACUAAUUGCUAUUGAGAGAUACCAGCUGAUUGUGAACCCACGUGGCUGGAAACCCAGUAUUUCACACGCUCACUGGGGAAUCCUUUUCAUCUGGGGCUUUUCCCUCAUGAUAUCUACUCCUUUUUUAAUAUUUCACCAAUUAACAGAUGAACCCUUCAAACAUCUGUCUUUCCAUAGUGAUCUCUACAAGAACAAGGUUGCUUGCAUCGAAGCCUGGCCAUCCGUUACCCAGAGACUCAUUUUCACCACCAGUCUGCUGGUUUUCCAGUACUUCUUCCCUCUGGGGUUUAUCUUUAUCUGCUAUCUCAGGAUCUUUGUAUGUCUUAGAAAGAGACAUGGUAAAAUAGACAGGAUGAGAGAGAAUGAGAGCAGACUGAGUGAAAACAAAAGGAUUAAUAUGAUGCUGGUAUCAAUUGUUGUGACAUUUGCAGCCUGCUGGUUGCCUCUCAAUAUAUUCAAUGUUGUUUUUGACUGGAACUACGAGGCACUAAUGAGCUGUAAUCAUAAUCUAGCAUUUACAAUAUGCCACCUUGUCGCCAUGAUCUCAACAUGUAUCAAUCCCAUCUUCUAUGGGUUUCUCAACAAGAAUUUUCAGAAGGACUUAAUAGUGUUGGCUCACCGCUGCAGGUGCUCAGCCUCCCAAGAGGAGUAUGAAAAUAUUGCCCUGUCAAACCUGCAAACUGAGGCAUCUAAGGGGUCUCUGAGAUUAAAUAAUCCCCCUGUGGAUACCUAA